CUCUCACGUCAUUUUUACUCUUUUUAAAACCGUAGCGCACUCACUCACCAUCCUCUCACAAAAGCAAAACCAAACCCUGAAAAAGCUUCAACCACUGCCAAACUAGUACUAUAUAACAAACUCCCAAAUUCAUUACCAAAAACUGUUAUAUUCCGACAACCCUCUAGGUGAACAAGAAUCAUCUCAGACAUGGCUGGUAAUUGUUCGGAGGGAUUAGGAGAUGAUUUUUUUGAACAGAUCUUAGCUGUGCCUGAAAGUGGAGUUGGUUAUGGGAGGAACAAUACAGGCAUGGAUCAUGUUGGAGGUGUGUUGCAACUGGGGUCCAAUCCUGCUAGAGGAGGAGGAAUAAUGCCGUUGGGGUUGAAUUUGGAACAAACUCAUCAUGGGUUUCUCAGACACCAAGAUGCUGCUGCAACACGGUUUGUUGACAACGUUGUUGAUGUUGAAGCCAACAUUACCAUCAAUAACAACAACAAUAACAACAACCAUCAGCACCAUCAUCUUCGUCUUCAUGAUGUCAAUACCAAUACUGCUUCUUCCUCACCCUCUUCUACUCCUGGAAUCAACGGAAUCAUCAACGAUAGGGAUUCGAUGCAGCACAUGAGGGGUUUGUUUUCAACGUUUGGACAAAUGCAUACUCCAACUCAUGCUCAACCUGUACGCCCCAUGCUACCAUCUCCAACUCCUCAACCACAGCUUCAUCUUCACCAUCAACACCAACAGCACUUUCAGAGCCAGCAACCAAAUCCAGCAUCUGUUACUGCCAUGCCACAACCACCUGGCAUCCGUCCAAGAGUGCGAGCAAGAAGAGGCCAAGCCACGGAUCCCCACAGCAUCGCUGAGCGGUUGCGUCGUGAAAGAAUCGCUGAAAGAAUGAAGGCAUUACAGGAAUUAGUCCCCAGCAUCAACAAGACGGACAAAGCGGUUAUGCUCGACGAAAUUGUUGAUUAUGUGAAGUUCCUUAGGCUCCAAGUUAAGGUCUUGAGCAUGAGUAGACUUGGUGGAGCUGGUGCAGUUGCUCAACUUGUAGCUGAUGUUCCUGUUUCUGCAGUGGAGGGGGACGACAUAGAAGGCGGAACCAACCAGCAAGCCUGGGCGAAGUGGUCGAACGAUGGAACCGAACAACAAGUGGCUAAACUUAUGGAAGAAGAUGUUGGUGCAGCCAUGCAACUUCUCCAAUCAAAAGCACUUUGUAUCAUGCCCAUAUCUCUAGCCUCAGCCAUUUUUCGUAUGCCUCAAUCAGACUCAUCAUCAAACAUCAAGCCUGAAUCAAACAACCACACAUAGACCAUUACCCUUAGCUAACAAAGAAAAAUCUCACCACAUCAAACUUGACAUAAAUUUCUUCCUCCAUUUUCAUAAGGUUAAUUAUUCUACUUUUUAUUUUAUUUCUUCAAAUUUUGUCAAACUAUAGAAGUAAUUUUUAUUGCCAAUAAAAUGUAAAAUUGGAGGAGCUAUGUCAUGUCAUUAUCAUGGUGAAAAAUCAAAUAUUUUCAAUGACUAUUGAUUUUUUUUCUACCAAAUAUCUGUGGUGGGGUUGGUGAAGUAUAACAAAAAUAUUUUAUAUUUGUAGUGGAGGCUUCUUUUUCUUAGUAAUAUUUUUUUUUUGAGUAAGUGGAAAGUGGGACCAUUUAAAAGAGAUAUAUAGGUUUGUAAUGUAUCAUGUAUUUGGAGAAAUUUUAAUGCAAGUUGAAUUUAAAUA